AGAGUCCAUAAUUUCCUGAGUCAUUGCACCACAGGUUCAAAUAUUAAUCGAAACAACUCCAGAGCACUGAUAUUAAGGCUAUUAUUACUUUUGUUUGGCAUUCAUAAUAUAUUUAACAAUGGAGGGAUCUGUAUCAAAUGUGGAGGUCUGUAAUUUUGCAUUUACAGGACAGUUUGAGAAAUUAAAACAGUCUAUUCUGUCAGAUAAAACGCUUGCCUGCAAAACGGACCAGGACCGUAGGACCGCGCUGCACUGGGCUUGUUCUGCCGGCCACACUAACAUUGUGGAGUUUCUGCUUGACCUGGGAGUUGAAGUGAAUCUGCAAGAUGAUGCUUCGUGGACCCCUCUUCACAUUGCUGCAUCUGCAGGCAGAGAGGACAUAGUGAGAUCUCUAAUAUCCAAAGGAGCUCAGCUGAAUUCAGUCAAUCAAAAUGGAUGCACCCCUCUGCACUAUGCUGCCUCCAAAGACAGAUAUGAGAUUGCCUUGCUGUUGUUGGAAAACGGAGCAGACCCCAAUGCCACCGACAAGCUAGAGUCCACACCUCUUCACAGAGCGUCCGCCAAGGGAAACUACCGCCUCAUCCAGCUGCUUCUCAAACAGAGUGCCUCAACUAACAUCCAGGACUCACAGGGCAACACACCACUUCACCUAGCAUGCGAUGAGGAACGUGUGGAAGCAGCCAAGUUGCUGGUGGAACACGGAGCCAGCAUCUACAUUGAGAACAAGGAGGAGAAGACCCCACUCCAGAUAGCCAAGGGUAGUCUGGGCAACAUACUUCGUCGGAUUGUAGAGGGAUGAUGCACUUACUGACCCACAAGUUGCAUUCCAGCUCAAAUCCCUGCCAUCACCAACGUACAUAAUGAGAAUUCUCAUCUCAGUCAGUCCUCCUUGAGCAGCCUGGGGUGACACCUUUAGAUGUGUAUCAGGUAGAAGAUGAGAUAGCAUCGGGGAGGAAAGUUGGACUGAAUCGCAUCAGUCCAACAGCUCCUCAGCAUGGGAUUUGAAGCUGCGCAGACCAUAGAUGUCUGGUCAAAAACUCUCUCCUGCACUAAGCGCAGUCUAACACUGCAGCCUAUUUUCUAUGAAGUUUGAAUCGUUGCAAAAAUGACUCAAUAAAAGUCAGUGUUUAGUCUCUUA